CAUUGAAACUGCGCCAUUUUCUUUACACAGCAGGCAAGCAAAAAAGGUUUCAGGGUUAGGUUAAUCCAGCGUCGUUUCGUUUCUAGGUAGCUUGUAUGCCAAAACUCUGGCAUUACCUGCCAAAAUUAUCAAGUUCCAGUUUUACAGUCGCUUUGUUUGUCGCUCUGGUAAAACCACCCUAGGUAGAUUGUAUAAAACGCACAAAAGGCCUCUGCCUCAGGUAGGCGCCAAAAAGGAGCAUAUAAAAAUGCGUUCAAGCUCGACACUGUACAGUCGUCUUGUGAUUUUGACGCAGUUAACAUCUACCGCUCUUCAAACUUGUAGUGUUGGAAAAUAGAAUAGUGAAAUUGAAUAAUUUUGACCGCUCGCUGCAAAUAAAUGGUUGAAUGCGAUAUGGAAAGUGUGAUGAAUUAUAUUAAGGACGGCGAGCUGUCCAAGCUCAAGCUGCGUCCACUGGCCGAGGUGCAGGGCAAGCGCGAGGUGGGACGCCCCAAAGUGUUUGAGAACCGCAAGCUAGUGGAGCACAUGCUUUACGAUCAUCCACAUUAUACUUCGAUUGAUGUGCAGCGCGAGCUAUUGAAUAAAUAUGGCAUCGAAGUUAGCCGUCGCACCUUGCAGCGCCGCAUUAGUGAAAUACGUGCCAGACAGGCAGUAGUGACAACAACUAAUCAGUCAAAGAUUGUUGAGAAUCCCGGCCUUAGCAUAGCUACAAGGCAACGGCGUUUGGAAUGGGCGCACGCACACGAAGACUGGACAGUUAGAGAUUGGCGCAAUAUCUUUAAUAUGGAUGAUUUCAAAGCAAUUGGUGGAGACGAACCCAAGGAGAUUUUUGUGGACACUCUAAUUGGCCCUGAUUGCCCCGAAUGCAACGAUUUGAAUCUGCUGGAGCAACUUAUGGCUAUCAUUGAGCCCAAGAUUCAGCAACAGGCACCAGAAACUGUUGCGCAGUUUCGCGCUGUGCUCUAUGAAAUUUGGCACAGCGACCAGGACAUGGUGAAUCAAAUUGAACAACUCUAUGAGUCGAUGACAUGGCGUGUGCGGCUGGUAAUACAAAACGGCGGCAACGAAACUGAGUUUUUUUAAGCCAAAUACAAACAAUUAU